AUGUCUGCAAUAGUUUCAAUCACUUUCUCUUUAUUGAUCUGUUAUGUCACACUACUUUCCACUAACGGAUUACCGGUCAUGUCCAUGAGUGAUAUCAUCGACGACAAGAAAAUAUUCCUUCGGCCCCAGACCAUCGAUCAAGCAGUGGACAAGAUCAUUGAAGAUAACUCACCAACAUUACCCGAUAUUCGACGACGUAACGUGUUAAUGCCGCGUAUCUGCUACUUUUCGCGUGUCACAGCAACGGGUAUUCAUCAGAAAUUAUGUCUGCCUUAUAAUGAUAAACGUUGA